GAGGACCUGUUCCAGACUCCAGGCAUGCAAGAAGAGUUGGAACAGAUCAUCGACUGCCUGGACACCAGUAUCCCCGAGACAAUCCCGGGCAGUAACCACUCUGUGGCUGAAGCACUCCUCAUCUUCCUGGAGGCUCUGCCAGAGCCGGUGAUCUGCUAUGAGCUGUAUCAGCAGUGCCUCGACUGGUCACACAACAGCCGGCUGUGCCGACAGGUGAUUUUUCAGCUGCCUCGUUGCCAUCGCAGCGUGUUUCGGUACCUAAUGUUGUUCCUCCGAGAGCUGCUCAAAUACUCAGAAGACAACAACGUCAGUGUCGCCAUGAUCGCCGCCUUGUUCUCCAGCCUCCUCCUGCGCCCUCCACCCAACCUGAUGGCAAAGCAGACUCAGCAGGACCGCCAGCGUGCCAUCAAUUUCCUCUACAGCUUCCUGCUUUCCGGGGAUGAGGAGUGA